GGUCAACCGUGCUUAUCCAGCAGCACUAGGCUUGAAAUCAGCCAACACUCUAGAGCGAAGGUUAACCCCAAACUAUCCUAGUGAAGUGGACACAUGCCGUCUGCGUCUGGAGAGUUCGGCAAUGGCGAUGCAGUCCCGACCCACGAGGAGGUCAAGACCGCCAUCGACCAGCCCACCGCAAAAAUGGAGAGCAUGAUGACGGAAAAGUUAGGAACCGUCAUGGAAGCCCUGUCUAGGGGCUCGACCGAGAACGAGGACGCCGCACACAGCCCCGCAAGACCCACACUGCGGUCUGCGGGGGACGUGUCGCGCGAAAGCGAAACCAGUGACCCGCCGGGACGGUACGACCCGACCAUGAAGGCCCGGAUGCCACGCCUCAAGCAGCUGAACUUCGAUGGCCAAGAAAAGAACUGGGUAAUGUUCAAGGACGACUUCACGACGCAGGUGCAAACGUGCGGAAUGAUGCAUGCUCUGAAAGAUAGCCAAGACAUUGAUCUAACGAUCUAAAGGAUGGAUGACGAUGGCACCAUAGAACAGGGGGUAGCUGCAGAAGAGGUUCAUGUGUACCGGGAUUUGUGGGGAAUGUUGGUAGGAGCGAUUUCAGACGAGACUACCAAGCUGAUGGUUUACAGCAGUAAGGGGCCCUCCGCAGCGCGGCGUGCACUUGAGCAGACAUUCACCCCGCUAACUGGUGGC